AUGAAGGUCGAAUUUGCAGCUGCAGCAGCAAUCGCCGCUACUGGCGUCGUUGCUCAAUCCUCGUCUGCCCCUGUCACCUCUGCUGCUGUCAGCACUUCGACCGCAUCACCAGUCUACGUUACGUUGACAAUCGAUGAUUGCGAUACUACUGCUCCUCCAGCAAUGGUGACAGUCACCAACGGAGUCACGCUUACCUACUGUCCAAAGUGCGAAGAGGCCUCAAAAUCCUCUGCCGCUCAAAUCACUCCUUCAACCACAAUCUGGACAACAACUUAUCUUUCUCUCUGCACGACGGGUACAUCUCACGGUAUGAUCCCUGUGACCUACACCAUCACCGAAUCAUGUACCGAGGCUACCCCCACUUGGACUCACGGCCCAAGCUAUCUUCCUCCAGGCUUCACAACAACCGAAGUCGUCUGCCACCAGUGUGCCGAAACUCCUCAAACUUACACGGUCACUCAACCUUGCGACUGCGAGGCUACUCCUGCCGCUGGCUCACCACCACCUGCAAAUGCCACUCCUACCGGCUCCUCAGGAGGCAACGGCGGCAACGGAGGAAACGGAGGCAAUGGAGGCAAUGGCGGUUCAUCCAGCCCCGCCGGCAAUGGCGGAAACGGCGGUGAUGGAGGAAACGGAGGAAACGGCGGCAACUCAAGCCCCGGAGGAAAUGGAGGCAACGGAGGCAACGGUGGAAAUGGCGGAGAUGGCGGCAACGCCUCACCCAGCUCACCCGGUGGAAGUGGAGGUAACGGAGGAAAUGGCGGAAACGGUGGAAACGGAGGCAACGGAGGUUCUACCCCCAGCUCUGGCUCGGGCGGCAAUGGAGGAAACGGAGGCAAUGGCGGCAACGUGGUCACCCAGAUCAGUGAUGGUCAGAUCCAAGCACCCACUGGCAAGCCCGUCACCCAAAUCUCGGACGGUCAAAUCCAAGCUCCUACUGGCGGCGCCGGUCGUCCUGAAGGUCCUGCCACCACUCCUGCUGCUGGUAACAACGGCUCGACCACCGUCACCAAGUCUUGUCCCGGCCCUCAAUGCAAACUCUCAACCACCGCAUCACCCAGCGGUACCGCACCUGCUUCUACCAGCCCAGUCUCAUUCACUGGUGCUGCUUCAAGCUUCAGCGUUGGUGGCAUCUUUGCAUCUCUCGUCGCUGUUGCAGCUGCUGGAUUUGCCGUACUUCUGUAA